CUGUCAAAUUUGAAAAUUUACAAUUCAAUAAAUAAUGUUCAAUUGGCAGGAUUCCCUGUUUUCCCAUAUUUCUGUAGUCUCGCAUAAAAAAUCAAAAUUUAAACGAUAACCUUCUUUUUAGAGUAGAGCAAAUUUUUUACUUUCAUUUUUGAUAUCCACAAACCCUUUAUUAACAAACAUGGCGGCUCCCGAGCCUGUAAAAGACCUACAACUUUUAAAAAAGACAAAAAUAUCCGUAUUUGUUGAUGAAAUAUUACCAGACAUUUUGGUUGUAACAUACGAGUUUGGCGUACAACUUUUCAAAGGAGUCCUACUGGAUUCUACAAAAAGAAAUCUUCCUUGCGGCAUUCAAACAAUAAACCCUGCAUUUUCUGUGAAAUCUAAAAAUCCUGAUGAUGAUCCCCUAUAUACAGUCAACCAAAGAUUCGCUUACAUGGAUCCAAAUGCACCAAAAAAGAAAAAUGUUCAAAUGGGUACUAAGUUUAAAAGUAAUAAAAUGACAGUGAGAUUAAGGCCUAGGCAAGUGCUGUGUUCAAAAUGUAAAGGUAUAUGCAACGAAAACUCUGAAAAUAUUUCAAGAAAAAGGAAAAAUGAAGAUACCUUAGUUUCUUCUCCCCCUAAAAGAAGUUUGAAUGCUCCCAUUACUAGGUCUGUUAACCAUCUUAAUAAUAAAAGAAGUUUGAGAGGAAAAGAACCCACUUUGGUCCCAAGACUUACCAGAUUAAAUUUUGUUGAAGAGGAGACGAUAGUUAAAAAUCAACAAAAAGACACAGAUAAAGCACAGGAUCGAGUGAAACCGCAAAAUACACCUGAACCUGAAAAACCGAAAAUACUCAAUGUAUCCCCAGAAGUUACGUAUACAGAAGAAAUUCCAAAUUUAAAAACCGACAAACCCAGUACGGUUUCAAUUUUAAGAAGUAAACGUAUACUAAGAAAAAAACGAAGUAUAAGUACAGAAAUUACAACAGAAGAUACAAAUCAACAAGAUAAUACUAACAGAAAUCAAGUUCCUCAACCAAUGCAAAACAGUGAUACCCAAAAUAGUUAUAACCUUUCCACUAGAACGAUAAAGAUAUCAUACGGACCUCAAGGAGAAGGAACUGUCUUGAAAAUACCUGCACAAAUCGACAGCCUGAAUGAUGAUUCCGAGGAAAAUGUUAACAACGAAGAACAGAACAAUAAACCAAAGAUUAUGGAUAACAAGGCAGCGAGGAGAGCCCUUAAAAAAGCCAAAAAGGAAGCACGAAGAAAAGUCCUGUUAGGCGGCUCACCCCUCUACUUAGGCGGAGCGUCUCCUAGGUACACUAUAGGCUCGGCAUCACCAAGACAAGGCUUAGGUAACGGAUCUCCUAGAUAUAUGUGUUCUACUUACGACAUUAACCUACCGAGGAGAAGAAAACACAAGGUGAAACAUAAAAAGAAGCACAAAGAAGAAAAAGACAGAAAGCAUAAAGAAGGAGAAGUUAGUUCAACGCAGGACGAAUCUAAAGAACAGUACAUCACGCAGAAACUGUCUAUAAAUUUGAAACGUUUAAACAAUUCUUAUACACAACAAGCUUCGUCCGAUAACCAUGAAGAUAUGUCAAGUUCGGAUGAACACAGCGAAACCGUACCAGAUUUUCCAUCUCCCAGUAAUCCACCGGUUAUGCUACGCAUAAAUACACAUACCGUUCCCAGUUCUUUAGGAGCAGAUGGAAUCCGUCUACUAGUGGGCGAUGUAGUUUGGGGUAAAGUGCACGGAUUUCCUUGGUGGCCGGGAAAAAUAUUAACGAUAACAACGUGUGGAGCACAAGUACCUCAAGCGCACGUAGCCUGGUAUGGUUCCUCUACUUCUUCCGUGAUGCAGUGUGAUCAACUCAGCCAUUAUUUAGAUAAUUUUAAGAUAUACUACAAUAAAAAGAAGAAAGGACCUUACAAAGAAGCUAUAAAACAAGCGACUAACGAUGCUCGUGAAAACGCUGAAAACAGAGUGAGGCAACCAUUGGGCAAUUCCCCUUCUCACAAUAUCAUUCAAAUUAUACCACCAGCGUUGGCAUCCCCAAGGGAAAUAGACGUUCUCUCUUAGUAACGUUCAAUUAAAAACUUAUUUUAUUCGGAAAUUGAUAAAUGAAUGUGGAAAUUGAUCUUGGAAAUCCCUUUUUGGCAGUUUCAAUAUCGGUCUGGUUGUUGACAAUUAAUUUUUCACUUGAAACAUGUAAAAAAAUUGUAAAUAUUCUUUUGUCGUAAAAUUAAGCUUUAUGACUGUACAGUAUGUUAUGAUGAUAUUUUUAUUUAUAUCAAUAUAUACAGGGUGUCUUAAUAUUCGUGAUAUCAGUUUGAAAUUUUGUUUAACGGGGGCGAUCUGACAUUUUUUUUUAUAAAUUUUAUACAUUGUACACUGAUAAAAAGGGGUUGCUUGAAGCGGUCAAAGUGUAAGUAUUAAAAUUAAGAAAUUGUUUGAAAAUUAUUGAAAACAAGUCGAAUUGACUGGUUUAAUUCCAAAUUAUUUUGAUCUACUAUUGUUGGGGGUUGAAAAAAUUCGUUACAAACAAAAUACGUAAAAAAUGAUAAAGAUACUAUGAGGUUAGUCACAAUUGUUGAUUUAGUCAAUUUCUAUAUUUCGACUCCUACUUAUGCUGAAAUUAUUUUGAUCUACUGUUGUUAAUGGCCCAAAUAGUGUUGAAAAAACCUUCAAACUAGAGAAAUUUGAACUAAAAUAAAAUAGUAGAGAUAUUAAAGGGUUAGUCAAAACUGCACAUUAGUUGAUUUUACAUUUCGUCUAAUACUUAGGCUGAAAUCAGAAUAAUUUUGAAUUACUGUUGUUAAUAGCUCAAAUACUAUUAGAAAAACAUUCAUAGUGGAGAAAUUCAAACUAAAAUAACAUUGUAGAGAUAUUAAAGGGUUAGUCAGAACUACGGAUUAGUCGAUUUUACAUUUCAUCUCUCAUGAAAUCAGAAUAAUUUUGAACUACUGUUUUAAUAGCUCAAAUAGUAUUCAAAAAACGUUCAUACUGGAGAAAUUUACACUAAAAUAACAUUUUAGGCAUAUUAAAGGGUUAGUCAAAACUGCGGAUUAGUCGAAUUACAUUUCAUCUCAUGCUUAUCUCUACAAUCCGUUGUAGGGUAACUUUAUUUUUCUUGUCUAGCUCGUUUAAUUUUUCUAGGCAAUCCUAAACGAGUUUUGAUUUUAUGAUAUUGUAUAUAGAUUGAACUAGACACAUUUUUCAAUUGCGUAAAUUUCUGCUUGUUUGUUGCCCAGGCUUCCAGGGUGUUUGGUUGUUGAGCCCGACUCCUAUUCCAGUUCUGUUUGCUGCUUUAGAUCCGUCCGUAUACUAUUUAAUGGCAUUUCUAUUCAUUUCUUGUAUGGUGUUAUGAUCCUACUUACUUCUACAGCUCAGUAUCGAUGUAAAUUUUUUUCUCAAAGCUAAACUUUGUCGAUGCAUAAUUCUGAGGUUUGGUCAUUAUUUAGGGACGGUUUUUCUUUGGUGAUUCCAUCUCUGAACAUUUUAAGUGAUGUUUUCUCUGCCACGCUUUCCAGUACUACGUGGAGAGGUGGGAGAUUUAGAAUCAGUUAGUUUAUGUUAAUGAAGGUUUGCAUAUUGUCCAUUAAGUCGAUUGAAAUUAUUGUGAACUAUUAUUGUUUAAGGUUUAAAUAGUAGUCAAAUGCAGUAAAUUGACACAUUUCAAACAAAAAAAAGUUAUAAAAAUACUAAAAGGUUAGUCAAAAUUGCUGAUUGAGACGUUUGUAGUGAAGCUCUACAUUUUGACAUUAUUUUGAUCAAAAUUUUGAACUAAUGUGUGAACAUGUGGCUCUUUUGAUUAAAAUCUGAUCAUCUUUGAACUAAUUUUCUCGAAUAGAAUGAAAGUUAUUUUAAUUUAUUUAUAUUUAAAUAGUAGUUAAAAGUUGUCAAAUUGGUUUUAUUAAACAAAAAAAAAUUAUAAAAAAAGGUCGGUCUGAUUAAGUCGAUUUUAGAGAAGUUCUACAUUUGGCCCUUAUUUUGAUUAAAAUCCAAGUAAUUUUGAAACUACUAUUAUCAAAUAUUGAAAUAGAAUAUGAAAGUGGUCAAACUGGAAAUAAUAAAAACAUCAAGAGGUUCAUAAAAUUAUCAAUUUAGUUAAUGAAGGUUUGCAUUUUGACCCUUAUUUCGAUUACAAUUUGAGAUAGUUUGAACUACUGCCUUAUAUCAGUGAGUACAAGCCUAUUUUCAACUCAAAUACGUUUCUAAAAAAAUUUUUACAAAACGUAACAAUGUCAGUGUACAAUGUGACCCAUAAAUAUUUUAUAUUAGUAUUUUUAUAAAUUAUUUUUAAUUCCACUUUUAUAGGAUUUUUUUUUGGAAAUUCAACCACAAACUGAUUAUCAACAUUUUUAGAUCUUAAUAUAUUGUGAUAAUUUUCUAUAGCGCUCCUAAUACAUUCAAAUUUUAUUUCAAUGUACAUCUUUCUAUCAAUUCAAAAUUUACUUAUUUGUUAUACAAUAAUAUAUCUGUGAUUUUAUUCAUUUAGUGUAGGUUAAAUGUACAUUUAGAAAAAAGAAUAAAGCAUUUUAACUUGU